AUGGCUCAAGUACAAAGUAGUCAAGACAGUGAAGGCAUUAAGCUAUUUGGGACAACAAUUACGUUGCAUGGUAGAGAAAUAAAGGAAGAAAAAAAAGAAAGUGAAGAAGGGAGAGAGAAGAGGCCAGAUAAGAUCAUAGCAUGCCCAAGAUGCAAGAGCAUGGAAACAAAGUUUUGUUACUUCAAUAAUUACAACGUUAAUCAGCCUAGGCAUUUUUGCAAGGGCUGCCAGAGAUACUGGACAGCUGGUGGGGCCCUUCGCAACGUGCCGGUGGGUGCCGGCCGGCGAAAGGCCAAACCACCGUGCCCUGGUGCCGACGGGUUUGUGGAUGGUGCAUCCACCAUCCAACAGUUCGGUUUGGAUGAGGGGUUGGUUUUGGAUGAAUGGCAUGUUGCCACCGUGUCUCAUGCUGAUUUCCGGCAGCUUUUUCCGUCCAAGAGGCGGAAGACGAGUUCAGCUCAACAUGAAUGUCAAUAA